GUGAGAGGCAGCAACAGCCCUGCAAUGAAACAGCACGGCUGUGCGAGAGCAAAGUGAUGCCAUACCGCCAGCGUCAGGAACAUUAAACCGUUUUGCAGAAGGCAAAUAAUGUUGCCUAACCGAACUUCUGUCUAUUCUCUACAAACCGACUCGUUUAUCUGGUAAAGAAGGACUCCAAUGCUCCAGAGACUGAGACCGUAGCUCCCAGAGCAGAGAGGCCAUGACACUGACCAGAGGGUCAUUCACCUACACCACUGGGGAGGAGUACCACGGGGAAUGGAAAGAAGGUCGGAGACAUGGAAUGGGACAGCUGAAGUUCUCUGAUGGAACCUGCUACUCGGGACAGUUUGAGAACGGAUUGUUCCAUGGCUCGGGGGUGCUCCUCUUCCCAGACGGAUCGAGAUAUGAGGGGGAGUUUGUCCAGGGGAAGUUUCAGGGAACAGGGGUCUUCAGUCGCUUUGAUGGGAUGAAGUUUGAAGGAGAGUUCAAGAGUGGACGUGUGGAAGGAUACGGGCUGCUGACGUUUCCAGAUGGGAACCACGGUGUGCCGCGUAACGAAGGCCUGUUUGAGAACCAUAAGCUGCAGAAGAGGGAGAAGUGCCCGGGGGUGAUUCAACGGGCACAGGGAGCAGCUUCCACCGCCCGCAGUCUGACUCUGUGACCCUGCACACACCAAAGACCCCAGCAGGACACUCAAAGGAAUGACCAGCGGUUCAGCAAAUGGACUCAAGACUGUUGGACAAAUCUGAAUGAUGGGACCUCACCAGGACCACAGUACAACAUCCUGCUACAGGCACUCAGGGACGGACAGAAUUAUGCACCAGGGUUGGGUUUCAUUAUGAACUGUUAUGUGGUCUUGCUGUAAUACCAAAUUAGUCGUUGAAUUUGAAGUGUUUUGAAAUUGCCACUCUGCACAGGAAUUUAACUGAAUUUGAAUGAAAGUAAUUAUAAUUUAGUUAUACAUGUUUAAUUGAAAUUAUAUUUGUUGGUUUUCCAGUUCUAUGAGUGACAUACUGUAAAUUAGAAACAAAAAACUUAAAACUCACUCUCCCAAAAUGGUUUUUAAAUUAUUACAGUGGUCUGGAAAUAUACUUAGACCAUUCUAUAAUUUAGCAACAAGGCACAAGGGAGGUGGUAUAUGGCCAAUAUACUGCAUCUAAGGGCUGUCAAUAGGCACAACAAAAUGUGAAUGUUGUUACUGGCCAUGUGAUAAAACUCCACAGGGCGGCUUAUUGCUAAUAUACACAGGUAACUUACAUGGUUGUUGUCAUUCCCAUGGUAUCUGAUCCGAUAUACGCUACUGUUCAAUGGUUUGGAGUCAUUUAAAAAUGUCCUUGUUUUUGAAAGAAAAGCAAAUUUCUGGUCCAUUAAAAUAACGUCAAAUUAAUCAGAAAUACAGUAUAGACAUUCUUAAUGUUGUAUAUUACUAUUGUAGCUGGAAACUGAUGCUUUUUAACAGAAUACCUACAUAGGCGUACAGAGGCCCAUUAUCAGCAACCAUCCAUCCUGUGUUCCAAUGGCACG